AUGCAUGGCGGAGCAGAUUACUUCUUGGAGGUUCUCUCGCAGACCAUUGAGCAGGUCUGGAGGAUGUGCGAGCAGUCCAAUGGCCAAAGGACCUUUCCAGCAAACCUAGUGGUCAUCGCUGAUAACACUGUGAAGUCAGCCAAGAACCAGCAGGUGCUGCGCUACCUAGCGUACCUGGUAGGAAAGAAGAUAUUCCGCUCGGCCACAUUGUUCCACCUCAUGGUUGGUCAUACGCAUGAGGACAUCGACCAGCUUUUUGCCAUUGUGACAGCACUCCUGAAGCGCAAACAGUCCUGGGAAACGCCAGAUGAGCUCUUGCAGUACAUCCGAGAGGGCUUGAACUCCUUGAAUCCGGGCGAGUUCCAGUCUUGCAGUCCGCCAGACCCGCAGUCCAGCCCUGCGGCCCGCAGGGGCGCUGUUCAUGCAAGGCACAUAACAGGGGUCCGCAACUUUGAUGCAUGGUUGGACCACCCUUUGGCGGUCCGUCUCUACAAUGCAUUCCGCCAAAGAAGCACCUGGACAUGGGCUGGGGAGGAGCUGCCGGAGGUCCCACAUUGCUUCACCAUGGUGUUAGGCAACAUCCUCGCGACCAAGCACCUGGACAUGUUGGAAGCCAGCGUCGAGCCAGACGCGGUGUACUGCUGUGUGAAAAUGUAUGUACGGGGUCUGAUGCUCAGUCAACCGCCCCUAUUGGUUGCCCCCGCUGCAAGAAUCCGAGCUGUGCAAUCGCACGGCCCUAAUUUGGUGCAUGCUGCCAAUUCACUCUCAGCCAAGCAAAUAGAGACGUUCUCGCGGCUAGCGCGACUCUGCCAAGACAAGUAUGGCCUGCAAGAGGCUGCAAAGGCUCUCUUUUCCAUCAUUACUGACAGAGCUUAUGAUGUGCACUGCUUAUCCUUUCUCAGAAACUGCCAUAGGCAAUUUCUUGCACAGGAUGAAGGCAACGCGCAACUGCCAUAUCUGCCAGGCAGCUGUUGGCGUCUGAUGGCUGAGUUUCAACGCUGA